UCACAGGAGGUGCCGAUACAAAGGCCUGACUGGGGAGAAAUCCCGAGCCACCUGUGACAUCAAGAUCAAGAUCAAAAUCAACCAGGAUGCUUGCCGCACUGCACAUCAGGAUAGUUACGCGUGCUUUUACCUCUAGUCCGGUGAGCUGUAUUAAAGCAGUAAAAGAUCCAGGAAUGGAACUAAAAGAGAAGAUGUGGCAGAAAGAGUUUUACCAGAAAAGUAAAGGAAAAAUAUAUGACAAGAAACCUUUCAAGAUAACACUGAAAGCAGGGAAGAAGUACUUUUGGUGUGCCUGUGGUCACAGCAAGUCACAGCCAAUGUGUGAUGGCACUCAUUUAAAUCAACAACUAAAGAUAGCUCAAAAACCUCUGGUGUUUCAUGCACCAGAAACAAAAGAGGUUUGGCUGUGCAACUGUAAACAAUCCAAGAAUCCACCUUUUUGUGAUGGGACACAUCGCAAUAAAGAAAUUCAAGAGGUUGUUAAUUAAAUAUUAGGGAGGUUUCCCCAGGUACCCAUUUAUUAGCCAGUUUGAAGGAGACAAUCAACAGCUGGGUGGGUUGUGUGAGCUGCCCCCACCCCCCUCGACUGGGAUUAAACGCAUUUGUGGCUGGGAUGAUAACCACUACGCCAGUGUAUAGUGCUUCUGUGUAGAUAUAUAUCAUGUAAAUAUUAUCAUAUGAUACUUCAGAUUUAAAUGAGUAGUAAUUGGAUUAUUUUAUUUCCAGCUAAAGACAAUGAGAUUGUAAAAAUAUUAACCAGAAAAUAUCAAAUCCCCAUUUUUUAUUUAGUGAUGUAGGUGCCAUUCUUUUACUUUAAUUUGUAACAUAUUUGUGGAUUGCAGUAGUCAUACAUGAAUAUGCUCAUUUUUUUAUAUUCUUUCAAUAAAUGAAUUAUGGUUCUCCAGGUAUCUCAAACAAAUGUUUGUCAAUAUGUAAAAGUGAUCUGUA